GGGCUUGUCUUUGAGCUGCAUUUUGAUGUUUUCGUCUAGGAUACUACUGACUGAGGAAUACUCGGGAUGGAUAGUGAUGAAUGAGCUUUUGCUGCACCUGCCGGGCUCAAUGAGGGGUCUUAUAGUUGCCCAGGCGGGCACGUUGGCAUGCUGGCAUAUCGGCAUAUAUCCUAUUCCAGUGUCCUCGUCGUAAAAGAAAACCAACCACCAUGCCUUUGGAAAUGGAAAGUGGACAUCUACCAUUGGCUUUACCUAGGUAACGUUAACCGAAAAGGUGAGUUCAUUCUGAAUGAUUCCUUGGUUGUUUACUUGGCGAAGAUUAGGUACCUAUGUAUGCUGCACUUUGGGUAGAUGGUGCAGAUGCUCAGCCCCUUGAGGCUGCUGACGGCGGUCAAUUAUCAACAAUGCCUCGUCACUGUGAAUCAUAUCUCACUAAUCUUUUCCAGUUACCUAAUCCGAAAUUUGAAAGCCAUCUUGACCGCUCACGGUGAAGCCAGGAAAGAAGGGGGUGGCUAGGUUUGAAUGCUGGUCACCCGGCGAGUUAUACGAUAUGCAUGAUAGGUAGGUAUAAAUACUUUGCAAAUGCCCCCAUCCGCAAAGUACCUAUAACACCAGGAUUACACAAUUCUUAGAAACGACUUGAUAGCAAAUUCACAUCAGCACACAUACCUACCUCAAUGACCACAUUCACAAUCCCCUCAUCGCACCUCGACCUGCGCCCCUCAUCCGAAAUCUUCUCAGGCCUACGCUCCUUCCGCCCCGUCACCUCCGAGAAAAACAUCUGGGCCUUCUGGGACAAGGGUCUCGACGCCAUGUACCCGAGCUACCUGCACACGGCCAUAAACUGGGUACGCAAGCACAGCAGCAGCAGCCCCCGCCCCCCCGGACCGUCCGCAUCGUCGACCUUUCCACCAGCCCACCAAACCACGUCUUCCGCUUCGUCGGGCCGGAGUGGUUCCCGCCGUGCUUCGUAGCCCGCACCAUGGACGGCCCGCACGCCGCACACAGCAUGCCGCGGACCUCGUGCGCCUGCCACUGCUGCAC